AGAUAAACUACUAGAAAAGAACGGGAAGAUAGAAAUGGAUUAUUGGUCAAUGGAAGGCAUCAAGUACAUUGUGUUAUUUUGCAAAUGUCUUUCUCUGUGAUAAGUUACUUUUCUUAGUGAUUAAAAAUGACUGAGAAAUCAGAUAAAAGCGAUUCCAUUCAAAAGAGACACACAGAACGAAGUUCUCCAGAGAAAAACUGUCAAAUUGGACAGAAGCAAUUGCAACAAAUAGAACGGCAGCUGAAAUGCUUGGCAUUUCAAAACCCUGGACCACAGGUAGCCGACUUCAACCCUGAAACAAGGCAACAGAAGAAGAAAGCACGGAUGUCCAAGAUGAAUGAAUAUUUUUCCGUAAAACACAAAGUUAUGAAGAAAUAUGACAAAAGCGGCAGGCUAAUUUGUAAUGACGCCGACCUGUGUGACUGCCUAGAGAAGAACUGCCUGGGCUGCUUCUACCCCUGCCCCAAAUGUAACUCCAACAAAUGUGGGCCCGAGUGCCGCUGCAACCGACGGUGGGUUUAUGAUGCCAUUGUCACCGAAUCUGGAGAGGUCAUCAGCUCGCUGCCUUUUAAUGUUCCUGACUAGGAGCUGUUGUGCAUGGACUGAUUUUUUUUUUUUUCUUUUUUUUAUACAUUUAAAUCAACCUUUUUCUCUUGGAUGAAUUUUAGGGCUUGGGCAAAAUGUUGGAAAAACAUACUCAAGACUACAGAAGAGUGUAUUCUGGGCAGUGAUUCUAUCUAUAAGCUUUGGUCUUCUCUCAUUCUUUAGCUUGGAACCCAAGAAUGUGACAGUGGAUGGAUCAGAAUCUCUCCCAACACCCCCAUCUCUACUCUACCUUCAAAUUAAAAAUCUCGCCCUCUUUCCUUGUAUCAGAGAACGUGUAGUUUUAAAGAUUUUUCAAAACUCUGUAGCUAAGAGCUUUUCUUACAUAGAACAUAGAACUAUAAAUUCAACAAGUCUAGGUAUCCUUGUACCCUUAGGUAUCACUAAUUCUAAAUCAGAAUUACCAUUUGAGAUAGAAGAAAAACAACUUGUGCGUCUUUUAACUGUGUAUCCAUAGACUCAUUUUUUUAAUUGAAUAAUUAAAACCAAAUUUGGUAAUGCUUGGUAAUAAUCUUAUUAUUAAACAUUUGUAUUUUAUUUGUAAGAUUGAAAAAUCAGGACUUGAAUAUUCUAAAAGAUGGUGGUUUACAUUUUUAAUUCCAGGAUCAGUAUUUCAAGACUUUUUUUUUCAAAGGGAGGAAACUUGAGUCCAUUAAAAAAAAAAAAAGUUGCUGAGAGUAUUGAUGAGCAGUUAACUAGGAACAUGAUGUGGCCCUUUUUGUAGGAGGUGUAUAGGAAGUUGAAUUUGGCCUUCUUUGAACUCAUUUUUUGACAGUCUUGUUUAAGUCAGCACAUACUUUACUGUGUGCAUCAGAAUCACCUGAAAAACUUGUUCAUCCACAGAUUUUGCAGCCCCACACCCAGAGUUUCUGAUUCAUUUGGUCUGGGACCAGGUUUGAGAAUUUGCAUUUGUAAUAGGUCCCACAUGUUGAUGUUGAUACGGCUGGCAUCAGGACCACACUUUGAGAAUCACUUCUCUAAAUUAUAUUAGAUACAUGAUGUAAGGAAGUAUUUAAAUAGUGUAAUUUAAUAAACUUUUGAAAAGAGAU